UUCACAUCAGGAGUGCCGGUGUGACACAGCACAGAGCCAGGAGCCUCAGGCUUGAGGAUUCGACACCUGUACAACUGCUUCGGAAAGCAAAAGUAUUUUUCGUCUAACCCCUUGAGAAAAACAACUCUUGAGGUCAUGAUUGCUGGACACUUCCUAUCUGCUCUCUCUUUUGCGUUCCUCCUGGUUCGAGACAGCGGGGCCUGGACCUACCAUACCUCGGUGCAAACCAUGACGUACGAUGAGGCAAGGGAGUACUGUCAGCAAUACACAGAUCUAGUGGCGAUUCAAAACAAAGAAGAGAUCAAGUACUUGAACUCCAUAUUAAGCCACUCACCAAGUUACUACUGGAUUGGAAUCAGAAAGGUCAAUGGUGUGUGGACUUGGGUAGGGACCCAGAAGCCCCUGACCCCAGAAGCUGAGAACUGGGCUCCCGGAGAACCGAACAAUAAGCAAAACGACGAGGACUGCGUGGAGAUCUACAUCAAAAGAGGGAAGGAUGAGGGCAUGUGGAACGAUGAGAGCUGUAACAAAAAGAAGCUGGCCCUGUGCUACACAGCUGCCUGCUCCAACAUGUCCUGCAGUGGUCACGGAGAAUGUGUGGAGACCAUCAAUAACUACACUUGCGAGUGUGACCCCGGCUUCAGUGGACUCAACUGUGAGCAAGUUGUGACCUGUGAAGCACAGAAAGCCCCUGAGCACGGGAGCCUGGUCUGCACCCAUCCCUGGGGGAACUUCAGCUACAAUUCUUCCUGCUCUGUCACCUGUGAAAAGGGUCACCUCCCCAGCAGCACGGAGGCCACACGGUGUACGUCCUCUGGAGAAUGGAGUGCUCCUACCGCCGCCUGCAGUGUGGUUGAGUGUGAUGCUUUGACAAGUCCUGCCGAUGGAACCAUGAAAUGUUCCCAAAGCUCUGGAAGCUUCCCGUGGAACACGACCUGUGCAUUCGACUGUGAAGAAGGAUUUGAACUGAUGGGAGUCCCGAGCCUCCAGUGUACCUCAUCUGGGAACUGGGACAACGAGAUGCCAACAUGUAAAGCUGUGAAAUGUGGCGCCAUCAGCGGGCCUCAGAAUGGCUCUAUGACCUGUAGCCACUCCCCUGCUGGAGAGUUUACCUUCCGGUCAUCCUGCCACUUCACCUGCGAGCAAGACUUCAAGCUGCAGGGACCAGCCCACGUUGAGUGCUCCGCACAAGGGCAGUGGAGUCAACAAACCCCAAUCUGUGAGGCUUUACAGUGCAAAGCCUUGUCCAACCCAGAGAGGGGCUACGUGAAUUGUCUUCCUGGUCCUUCUGGAAGUUUCCAAAGUGGGUCCAGCUGUGAGUUCUCCUGUGAGCAGGGAUUUGUGCUGAAGGGACCCAAGAGGCUCCAGUGUGGCCGUACAGGAGAGUGGGAUGGUGACAAGCCCACAUGUGAAGCUGUGAAAUGUGGUGCUGUCAGCCAGCCCCAGCAUGGCUCAGUGAGGUGUACCCAUUCGCCUACUGGGGAACUCACCUACAAGUCCUCCUGUGCCUUCAGCUGUGAGGAAGGCUUUGAAUUACGUGGAUCAGCUCAGCUUGAGUGCACAUCUCAGGGAGAGUGGACACAGGAGGUCCCCUCCUGCCAAGUGGUACAGUGUUCCAGCCUGGCAAUCCCCGGGAAGGUCAACAUGAGCUGCAGUGGUGAGGCUGUGUUCGGCACCGUGUGUAGGUUUGCAUGUCCUGAAGGCUGGACACUCAACGGCUCUGCUGCUCUGACGUGUGGUGCCACUGGACACUGGUCUGGGAUGCUGCCCAGCUGUGAAGCCCCCACUGAGUCCAGUGUUCCCUUGGGAGUUGGACUUUCUGUAGCUGGAACCUCCCUUCUGACGUUGGGAUCAUUUCUCUUCUGGCUUCUGAAGCGCCUUCGAAAGAAAGCAAGGAAAUUUGUGCCUGCCAGCAGCUGCCAGAGCCUGGAGUCAGAUGGAACCUACCAAACUGAGUUAAUUUAAGUCCAAAGGAAUCAGGAACACACUGGGGAACUGAAGCAAUUCACUGAAGACAGCAGACAGACAGCUCUCCUUAGAUCUCUGACCUUCUCGCCUCCCCUGCUGAACCUGCUGCCUUAGCAGGGGCUGGGGCACUCACAAGGACGUCAACAGUCCAAAAUCCAGUGGGCAAGGCCAGACUUACGCCGAAAAGACUCAGGUUUCUCUUUCCUAUUCUCAGAAUCAGGAAAGUGUUGGGUACUGAAGGGAAAGGAGUCCGAGGCUCUGGAAGCCCAGAAUUCCUUUUCUAACUCUCGCUUCUUACCUUGAAACCUCAGUGAAGAAGUGCAGUGUUUUGUGGCUUUGUGUCUUUCUUUUGUCCCUCAUAGUGCUUCAACUGCUGUCAAGGGGAUAAAUAAUAAUUCUGAAGAGCUUAGAGGAAACGGAUUGGCCAAAAAUAUUCUGGUACUAACUUGAAAAAAUGGCAGAUUUUAAUGCUUAUAGGAGACUGCAUGAGAAGGGUUGUUAAAGGUGGAAACCCUGCUCCAUGCAAGGGUUGUGAAGUCAGUCUUCUUCUUUUAUCCCUGUGGAAUUCCGUGCUUUUUAAAGUGUUCUUAGAGACUGUGUUCUUUUUACUUGUAUUGAAUAUGGGCUAAUGUUCCACAGUUUUUAUUCAGUAAAAGUGUUGUAGUGACUUCAAAAAUAUAUAACUAUUAGAGACAAUGAUAAGGAAACAGUUACCUUUCCUAGAUCACCAUUUCUUUGUUUUUAACAAUUUCUAAUGGUAUUUCUGUGGUAAAUUUAUUUUUAAAAAGGGAAGAUAUUGUUAAAGGUUUGACUAUUUUAGUAGUGUUUAAACAUGAGUAGUAUCAGGAGAAUAGAAACUGAAUGGAAGGUUUAUAAAUCUCAGGUAUUUUUAAAGAAAUGUGUGGUUCCCGUGAUGAAAAGCUCCCAUGCUGACCUAAUGUUCUGACUUUGUAAAAGCAGAAGUGAAAACAAAUGAAGGUACAACUUCAUGAAUGUCUUUGUUAAGAAUAAACAGGACUAUGUACGUGCUUUGCUCUCCUACGAAGGCGAAGUGUGUAGAGUUCAAGUUUAUUAUGUAAGGUUGUAAAUGCAGGACUGGAGUUUACCACGUGAUGGAUUUACCCACCGGAUUUUGGAAAAGUGAAGGUGUUGAAUAUUUAUUGCCUUCUUGUUUUAUUCUGUGUGUAGGGUGUUCUUGUUUUUUUGAGGGUGUUCUUGAAGAAGGGAAAGCCUAGAUGAGCAACUAUUUAUGUUUAUUUGUAAGCAGAGUUGAACACUCCCAGCCAAUAUCCAGUUAUCAGUGGAUCACUAGCAAUGGGAAAUUCUCAGCCAGUAAUUGUCAAAGCUGCUGCAGCACGGAGGGCGUGGGAAUCGAAAGGCUGCCACAGCGCCACCAGCUCAGCAUGUGUUCAAAAGGAAGGCUCAGAGACUCCUGCAACGUACCAGCAAUGGCAGAGCCAAGAGAAACAGGGUGUGUGAUAAGGAUCAGGGCAGCAGAGGUUUUUUUAAAGAGGCAGAAAGACUCUGGAAAAAGAGAGAGAGAAAGUGGGGAGGGGAACAAAACGAAACCACUAUUGUGCUCAGGCUACAUAGGAAAUGAAUUAUUAUUUUGUAUAAAAUUGUUCAAAUGUUGUAAAUAUAUAUUACUUCAUUGUAAAUAAUUGUAUGAAAUGUAAACGUGGUAUGUGUUCAGUUUUAUAAAGUAUUUUAAAUUAUUAUUUAACAUACCUUGAAGUUUUAAAUAUGUAUUUAUUGAAGCUUACAUCAGGUCCAUUGUAUUGUCAUGGCACUAGAAGCUCAAUAAAAAACGUGUUUGUAUUUAAUCUCUGUGUAUAGGCUCUUUCCUAAAAUUUUAUUUUAUUCAUUUAUUUAUUUUAUUGUGCUUUAGGUUAAAGUUUACAGAGCAAAUUAAUUUCUCAUUAAACAGUUAAUACACAUAUUGUUUUGUGACAUUGGUUGCCAACCCUGAGACAUGUCAACACUCUCCCCUUCUCGACCUCAGUUUCCCCAUUUCCAUUUGUCCAGUUUUCCUGUCCCUUCUUGCC